CAGGGCCAGGGGAAUCCAUUAGGAACCGUGCGACCGUUGCGUGUGGGUGCGGGAGGAGAGGAGAAAGUGAAAAGUGGUCUGUCAUUAGCUGUUCCUUCAUCCUGUCUUAAGUCAAAAGAGAGACGGACAGGGAGGACGGCCACGUUUGGUGAGAGAGAAAUACUACAACUUUAGUGCUGGUGUUAGACGUACAGAUUCUGAAGAAUGACACAAAGGAUGGGAAGAGUGAGAGCCGUCAUGAUGGUGGCUCUGGUGCUGGUGAAGGCUGUGGUAAAGACAGAGGCUGACCUGCACGAGGCCACGGUGGAGGUGCACCUGAAGCAGGGUGUCAUCUUUGCUGCCAGGGAGGAGGCCGGAGAGGGACGGUACUUCUACAGUUUCAAAGGCAUCCCCUUCGCCCAGCCUCCUGUCGGCGACCUCAGAUUCAGAGACCCAGUGCCUGCUGAAGGAUGGUCGCAGCCCAGGAAUGGUUCAGUAGAUGCCGCUAUCUGUCCUGAAAUCUCCUUCGAGGGCCUCUUACAGGGCAGAGAGGAAAUAAUAGGGAGUGAAGACUGCCUCUACCUCAAUGUGUAUACGCCCAAUCCUCGCGCCUCCCGUCUGCCGGUGAUGGUGUGGCUUCAUGGAGGAAUAUUUAAGGCACUAGGGACUGACGCCUGGUACCCGGCGCUGCCCCUGCUCACUAGGGACGUGGUCCUCGUCGUCCUCCGGUACCGUCUGGGAACUCUUGGGUUCCUGUCCACGGAGGACUCUGUAAUGCCGGGUAACAUGGGCCUGAAGGACCAGACGCUGGCACUACGCUGGGUGCACAACAACAUCCAGGACCUCGGUGGCGACCCAGAGAAGGUCACCAUCUUCGGCUUUAGUGCUGGAGCGGCUUCAGCGCAUUUUCAGAUCUUAUCGCCAAGUGCCAAAGGUUUGUUCCAGAGAGCCAUCCUACAGUCAGGGUCAGCCUUGUCUUCCUGGGCCCAUAGAGAGAACCACAGACAGUUUGCCCUGCAGCUGGGCAGCAAGUACAACUGUACUGACGAGGCUGCGUCGUCUCCUGCACUGGAGAGUACCCAGCUCCUCACCUGCCUCCAGAAGCUCCCCAUGCAGGCAUUUGUGUUGGCACUCAAGAGCUUUGCAAAAUGGUAUGACUGGCCAUAUUCGAUGAUACCGCGAGUAGAUGGGGACUUCCUGCCUGCCCACCCCGCCCUUCUGCUGAAGACGGGCACAUACAACAAGGUGGACAUCAUCUCUGGCUUCACCCUGCACGAUGGCGCUUUUUAUAGCUUAAAAAUGCUGGCCAACAAGAAUAUGGGCGAGGAUGUGAACCAAAGGUUCAGCACAGUUGGACCCAUGACCAUGAUACUUCAGGAGGGGGACGAGGCACCGGUGAACAUGGCUCGUCGAGCCUACUACCACUACGUGGCAGACACAUUGCUCACCCAGGACAAUGCUCCGGAAACCGCACAGCUCUUCACUGACCGCUUCUUCAGAGUGCCUCACGAGGAGACAUCUCAGCUGCACACUGAUGAGGGAGUCCCACUCGGUCACUCGGUCUUCAAAUACUGUCUGCAACACAGAGCUGAAGAUAGCUUCACUGACAUCUAUAACUUAACGCUGAAAAAUCAUUGGGUGGGCCACAUGGACGACAUCCAGUACCUGUUCAACACUGCGCCAACCAUUCUCUCCCCCCUUCAACGACCCUCAGACCUCUUUAUGAGAGACAUCAUCCUCACUCUCUGGACCAACUUUGCCGCCCAUGGGAACCCGACACCUGACGGCUCUCUGGGGUUCAGAUGGUGGCCGACGACCAGGUCACACCAGUGGUACUUGGCCCUCACAACCUCACCCACCAUGGUGGUCGACAACCCUGUCCAGGUUUUAGAGUUCUGGAAGAACAUACCCACGAAGCAAAAUAAGCUGCUAUACCCUGAGAGGUUCCUGGAGAGGGUGACCUGCUCGCAGCUUGACGAGUGCUAGAUGUGCUCCAGGGGACUGGUGGCACCUGGUACCUCAUACCCCCUGUUGACGCACACACUUGAGGACCCACACACCUGAUGACGCACACACCCGAUGCUACACCAGCUCAAAGCCAACAAAAACAACGCAAAUGAUACCAAGAUUAAACUCAUUCUACAACAAAAAUGUAUUUGUGAAGUUUUCUAUCGGAUUGCACUUUGAGGCUGGAGUCCGUGUACGUCAGGUUAUUCUGUUUCCCAAGAAAAGCUCCCCAAAUAAAGUCUACUUUUCUGCAAACUGUCAGUACUUAGCUUAGGUAAAGUACAGUACCAGUAUUAAGAGUACACUAACUGUUAAGGUUUUAGCUGUUUAUGUUGUUAUUUUCACUGUGGAAUUUUCCUCAAGUAAGAGCGUUUCCUGGGUGACAAGGGCGUAGCCAAAUGUAGUCUCACACCCAUGAAUGCUUACUAACCAAUUCUCACGUUUACUAAGUAAUUUCUGCCAUGAGAUGAAUGUUGAACUGCUACAUAAACUGUAAAUUUGGCUCAAAUUUGUAAACAAAACUAUAUAUGUUGAAAUAUAAUUACCAAAAUUCCCUGCA